AUGGAGGAUUCAAAGCUUCCCACGAUUGACCCAGAUUUUGAGCCGCAAAGCAGACCUAGGUCGUGCACAUGGCCGCUCCCCAAACCCGACAUCUCAGCUGUUAAACCGGAGGGGGCAGACGGCCCUGAAUCCGCUGCGGGAACCCCGCCCGCCGAUGAGGAUAAGCAGGAGCAAAAACAAAUCAUAUGUGAGCCUGAGAAAGUUGUGGUCUCAGAGGGAGGAGCCGGAGUGGGUGGAGCCACGCCCCGAAAGGGAUCAUCCCGGCGCAAUGCAUGGGGGAACCAGUCCUACGCGGACCUGAUUAGUCAGGCUAUUGAGAACUCUCCAGAGAAGCGCUUAACCUUGGCACAGAUAUAUGACUGGAUGGUGAAAACCGUGCCUUACUUCAAAGAUAAAGGAGAUAGCAACAGCUCAGCAGGGUGGAAGGUAAAAAAAACGAUGUUUACCUUAAUGCGCUUCAUUAUUGUUAUACACAUUGUUAUAACUAUGUUAUACAGACCCAUUUGAUGUGAUCACAUGAUACAUUAUUUCACUGCAUUAAUUAGUGAACAAUGGAAGUAAUUACUUAAAAUCUAUUGUCAAUCAAAUGAUGUUGAAUGGUUUCCAAUGUUAAACAAAACCCUUUUUCUUUCCCCUUCCCGAUACCUCAGAAUUCAAUUCGCCACAACUUAUCACUCCACAACAAGUUCCUGAGAGUUCACAAUGAGUCCACAGGCAAGAGUUCCUGGUGGAUGCUCAACCCAGAGGGGGGCAAGACUGGGAAAGCCCCCCGUCGCCGUGCUGCCUCCAUGGACAACAGCAGCAAACUGCUGAAGAGUCGGAUGCGGGCCAAGCAGACCAAGAAGGCAGCAGCAGGCUUGGGCGGGACCACCGGGGGAGACGGUGACGGCGGCGCAGACAGUCCCAACUCCUCCCAGCAGUUCCCCAAAUGGGGGGUGAACUGUGGCAGCCCUUCAUCCCGCGGCAGCCUAGAUGACCCUGACAUGUGGACCAGCUUCCGUCCACGCACCAGCUCCAACGCCAGCACUCUGAGUGGCCGGCUGUCCCCCAUUGGUCCCGGCCAGGAGGAUGAGGAUGACCUGCCUGAGGAAGGCCUACUGGGCUACUCCACGGGCAACCUACCCCCCACCCUCACCGAGACACUCAUGGAGGAGCUGGACCUGAUCGAUGGCCUGACGCUGAUGACCGAGCAGCAAGGAAGGGCUAGUCCCAGCACGGCCCCCCUGGUGCCCCCCACCCCUCUUCCCUCCGCUUCCACCCUGCUUCCCCGGGGGUCCGGGUUCCCCUCUUUCCGUCAGCUGCAGCCACCCAACCUCUCCCAGGCCGCCAACCAGACUGGGGGACAGUCCUCAGGCACACAAUGUGGCAACAAUAACAACUCCAAACCCUCAAACUAUGGCAACUCCCUCUUCAACCCUAUGCCUAGCCCCGGCUCCCGUGGGACUGGUCACUAUGGCACCCAUGUAGCCUCCAGCUUGGAGGCGUUGCUCACCUCGGACUCCCCGCCUCCCAGUGAUGUCAUGAUGACCCAGGUGGAUCCGCUGAUGCCCAGUCCGGGUGGUGUGGGGAUGAUGGGCAUGGGGGGGCCCAUGGUAGGAGGGCGGGCCAAGCCCAACCAGCUGUUGCUGGGUAAGGGGCUUGAGCCCAACACUGUGGCACCCAUGGGGAUGCAAUCUCAACUCCAGUCCCAGCAGCAGCAGCACUCUCAGCUGGGCCUGGGCAUGAUUCUGUCAGGUAUGGCCCAGGACUCUCCACAGUUCUCAGGCCUCAAAGCCCAGCAUGCACAGCUGCCAGGCAUGGGGCUUCACCAUGGAGGGGGCCUCUCCGCCAAUGCAGGAGGAGGUCUGCCAGGGAUGGGCCAGUUCGGAACGCCGAGCUGCUUCCUGCCCAGUCAAGACCGCUUGCCCACCGACUUGGACAUCGAGAUGUUCACAGAGAACUUGGACUGUGACGUGGACUACAUCAUCAACAGCGACCUCAUGGAUGGAGAGGGCAUCGAUUUCAACUUUGACCCCAUAAUCCAGGGGGGGCAAAGCUACUCCGGCCCUGCGACCACGCAGAGCUCCGCCCACAACUGGGUACCCAGCUAA